AUGUUAUUAUGUUGUUAUAUAUUGCUACUGCUAGCUUUUACAAUAUUAGGAGUAAGCUUAAUUAGUUAUUAUACCAACAAGAGACAAAGACAACUGCAUCAUCAGAUUUCAACAUCAGAAAAAGACUCCACAUUAUCUCAAACAUCCUACGAUGAGGAAGAUGACAAUUCAUUGAAAACCACUGAUACUCAUUAUGGAGGAGGAGGUGGUGGUAAUUUUAAAUACAAGUUUCCAGGUGCUGGUAAAAUUGAAUUUGGAGGUGGGGCUGGAUUUGACUAUAAGCACGGCAAGAAGGAGGACUCAGAUGAUGAUGAGGAAGAAUAA